AUGGCGCGGGCGGCUCCUCCGGGCGCGCUGGAGCUGCUGCUGCGUGAGUGUGGGGAGGAGAGGGAGGGCGCUCUGCACGCGCUCAGAGGCUACGGCGCCUGGCUGGCCGCCUCUCCGGGCUGAGUUCCGCGGAGCUUGGCUCCUUGGCUCCUGAGACGCGGGAGGAGGAAGAAAGGACACCCCACCCGGCCGGCCCGGCCCUUCGCUCCCAAAUCUGGCAUAUGAGCCUGGAGGGGGGUGUCUUGGAAAGCUCUCACCGCUGGGAGCUUUUCUUGCAAACCACCCGAAGCGUCAAACGGUGCAACUCGGAAGCGGUUUUGCGCCAGGCGGCUUAAACUGGCCCCCUUAGGCAAGACGGAGUCAAAGUGGCUGCGUGUUUUUUCAACCCAGACUGGGGGACCCAACAGUUUUGCCUUCCGAUUUCUCCCCCCGUCAAAGCUGUUUUGAUACUCCUUUUAUUCAAUGUUGCCGACUCUCUCUCUCUCUUUUUUUAAUUUGAGGGCAGAUCAUUUGGGGAUCUUCUAGUUUCGUCAUGUUUGAGGUACUUCUUGCUUCCUGGACUUAAUAACCUGAUAUUUUGCCAUAAUUUUUUUAAAUUCGAUCCCCACUCUUGACUCAGGUGGGCUUAGUCAGACUUAAAUACCUCAUCAUUCUCCCUUCUUUUUAAAACUUUUGUUUUGUUUUGUUCAGACAAGCCUUUACAAAAUGAUGUUUUGUUUUAAUCAGUCAGUGUCUAUUGAUAUUCACUGAUAAAUUUUAACCAUGUUUUUAUGGCCAUUUGCUGAUUUUUAUAACUUUAUAUGUUGUACUCUACCUUGCUGUGUUUCCCCCCCCCCUUGAAAGUGUGGAUUAUAAAUGCAUAAAUAAAUAAAUAAAUAAUGUAAGAUAUAUAUAUUUUUUUAUUGGCCCAUUAUCCUCACUGCUUUUAUUCAUGGGCAAUUUCUUACUGCUCUUGCUCAAAGUUAAAGACAUAUGAAGAGCCUUUUUGGAAUCUGGCCCAAAGCCCAUCUGGGCUGGCAUCCUGUUCUCACAGUUACCAACAAGAUGCCCAUGGGAAGCUAGCAAAGCAAGCAGGCCUGGGCACAAGGGCACUUUUCCCUCCUGUGGCUUCCAGCAACUGGCAUUCACAUGCAUUGCUGCCUCUGACUAGUUUCUGCAAAUAAGAGUAACUCCGUGUUUAGUUUUGUUGUUGUUGUUGUUGUUGUUUUAAUAAAAACAAGAGUACACAUUCCCAGCUAAUUCUGGCUUCAGGGCUGUCUGUUGUAUAAAUGCUUCCCUAAAUCAAAUGCCUUCAUUACAGAAAAAAGGAUUAUUUUCUCACUCUAUAAAAAGCUUUCUCUGACGCAAGGGAAAAAAGCCCUGUAAUUUUUUCUGUUCUGAUUUGAGCCAGCAGUAAUCUGAUGCAAUCUGACGUUUUCCUGCCAGGCAUGAAAAUGCAUCUGAUCAAUGCCUGUAUAUUUAUCAGUCAAUUUGCCAAUACAGUAGAUAGCAUUUCAAAAUUCUGUUGGAGAGAACUGGUGGAAAGAACAUUCUCCAUCCUCUUUACACCUCAUCCUCUUUACACCUGGAUUUCCCUUCCUAAUUAAAGAGCCUGACCAUUCAUUUGUUAACUGCGCAAUCCUAUAUGUGUCUACUCAGAAGUAAGUCCUGUUGAGUUCAAUAGGGUUAGUCCCAGGUGAGUAGGUAUAGGAUUGCAGCCUAAAUGCUGUAUAUUCUCUUAUAAGUGCAACGGUUUCAUUUUUCUUUAACUGCUCAAUAACUUGGUUUUUGUCAACUGAACAGAAUUAUUAAGCACCAUUCUCUCUUUUGAGGAUAUUGCAACAAUUUCUAACUUCCCUUAAAAAUCUGCAGUCUUCAAAACUCUCAGAAACAAAAAGAUUUCUAAGAUACACUCUGCCCGCAGUUUGUCUCUUUCUUUCAUAGCAAACCUGCUCUUGUUUCUUUUUUCUAACUAAAAGGUUGGAUCUUCCCUGUUGUUUCUUGGCUGCCAACAAAACUACAAAAUGUAAAAACACACACACACCAAAAACUCAGUUUAUUCUUUGUUUUAUCAGUGGGCAUAUCUAAAGCUUUUAAAAUCUUCAUCCAAUAUUAUCUCAUCCUCUUCAAAGUAUCUAAUUUCUUUUAAACAAAGGCCUUCCUUUCUGUGUACCAUUUACUUUACGGUUGUUAUUUUCAUCCUCCCACUUGAGACUUUCAACACAAAUCUCCCAUCAGUAUCUAUUUUUAUUAAUAUUUACUGAAUUCAUGCCUCGCCUUUCCUCCCCAAGGAGCCCAGGCUAGCAAACAAAUACACAAUGUGAAAAGGAAAGCAAAAAUGGAUGAAAACAUUCUAAGAGCAGUUGCAACUUGAAUACCCUAAAACAGUUACAGUUAAAAAUAGUCUAAAAGCAAUUGCAAUCAAUAACAUUCUUCCAUUCACUGAUCUUGGAGUUUCCAGGAACAGCCACCAACAGAUGUGCAGGUAAACAAGAAUGUUUUCAGGUUCCUUUUGAAAGUUGCUAGCAAUGGAGACAGGCACACCUCACUAAGGAAGACAUUUGCACAACUGGGGAGCCACCACUGAAAAGGCCCCUGUCUGGUGACUAUUUCUUCCUCUCCUUCCUAGCUUAUUUUCUAAAUACACUGCAGCCCCCUUAGAUAUGGUUGCCUGGGGGAGAGGACUAGGCUGCCUCCCAAGCAUAAAGCUAUUUCACUUUCUGCUCCCUUUCUCUUUUCUGCGUCCUUUCACUGGCAACAGAGCAGGGCUGGGGCUGGAUAGCAGGCAACACCUGGGGCCGAUCAGACAUUGGUGUUUUGCCCAGCUGUGCUGCACUGUUGUGACACUUCCCAACCUUGUCUUCCAUGGCAGACAAAGCCACAGACCCCAGUAACCCUGAGGAAAACUGGGAAUGUAUCCAGAGGUUUAGCGACCAGGUCAACGCAGAUGCUGACAGGUAAGGCUGCACUGGGUGAGGAGAACCUUUUGCUGGGCCACUUCCAGCUCGAGGUGGAUUUGGAAGUUGGCAAAGGUUUUGUCUUGAGCAUGGAGAGGUGGUCAGAGUUUAAAAGGUAAAGGGACCCCUGACCAUUAGGUCCAGUCGUGGCCGACUCUGGGGUUGCGGUGCUCAUCUCGAUUUAUUGGCUGAGGGAGCCGGCGUACAGCUUCCAGGUCAUGUGACCAGCAUGACUAAGCCGCUUCUGGCGAACCAAAGCAGUGCACGGAAACGCCAUUUACCUUCCCGCCGGAGUGGUACCUAUUUAUCUACUUGCACUUUGAUGUGCUUUUGAACUGCUAGGUUGGCAGGAGCAGGGACCGAGCAACGGGAGCUCACCCCGUUGCGGGGAUUUGAACCGCUGACCUUCUGGUCAGCAAGUCCUAGGCUCUUUGGUUUAACCCACAGCGCCACCUGCUUCAGAGCUUGUGUUACCCCAAAGUUCUGUUUGCUACCCUUUGCCCAUGUGCAGAGGCACUACAGCAGGGCAGAUUUUGGGAGAUUCCCAGGCAGUGCAGGAGAGGGGAGAGCGCCUCUGUCCUCUUCUUGCGGUGUGUGGUCAGAUUCUGGCUUGCAGUUGUUGCAUUGUGUGUGGGUUGCUUGUGUUUCCUUGCCCAGGAAUCCCUUGAGCCUUGGGCACUGUUUGCUGAAAGCAAACGAAUUCUUGAGAGCUUUUGCAUCUCCUAAAACAUAGCAGCUGAUUGAAAUUUGAAUGUCUGGCAAUGUUCCUUGACUGGGGAUGGGCUUGGAAUGAACCUCAGCUCUCUUUCUGCACAAUUUCUGCUCAUUCCAUCCUUUUCUUGCGUGGCAUUUUAUGUCAUGCCAAGAGUGUGCUUGAGCUCCUUUGGCGGAGAUGAUCUAUUGUUUCUUGAGGAGCAGUUUCGCUUCUUGUGGCUCAAGCACCUAUCUGCUUUCUUUUGCAGUUGUUUCUGGUCAAACAGGUUCAGCUGGCUUCUAUAUUGCGUGAAAAGCCUGUACAACCUGUUGGCAAGGUGCCAGACUGGAGCAUGUUUAGCCAUCAUGAACAGCAGUGAUCACUCUUACAAAUCACGUUCAACACUCUCAGAGAAAAAACAACGAGUGGUUUACCUCCACUCCUCAGCUACUUUCCUGUAGAGACUGAGAAAAAACCCCAAUAUUCAGCAGAUAUUACCCUAAAAUGUCAUGCAGUUGGAAGUGGCAGGUGUCAGCUGCCUAUGAGAUAUCCCUGGAUCUUGUGUGGCAAAAGCAGAGAGCUGGUCUUGGGUGCAGAAGUACAGCUCUUCUCUUGCCCAUCACUGAGCAAACUGCCCUCUUCCUCUUGAAAACAUAGGAAACUGCCUUGUGCUAGCUCAGGGUUGUGUGCAUGCUGACUGGCAGCUGUGGCUCUCCAAGUUUUUCAGGCAGGGAGUAUUCCCCCCCCAGCCCUUCCUGGACCUUCUGCAUGCCAAGCAGAUGCUCUCCCAUUGAGCUUUGCCCUCCCCCCCGACAGCAAUAGCCACCUGUCUCCUCUGGUUGUGAAGGUGAAUUCAAGAAUGAUUUCAGGGACUAUGGCAUGACUGUUUUUCUUUUUUUACCUCUCUCUCAGCAUUGCUGCAGCUCUGAAGUUGCUGGAACAUAAGAUCCAGUCGCCGCAGGAGGCAGAGGCUCUGCAUGCGCUAACCGUAAGUGUACCAGGGCCUGGAAAUCCUGGGUUCAAAUUCCCACUUGGACAUGAAGGGUGACCUUGGGCCAGUUGCUGCCUCUCAGUCCCAUAACUGGUUUGUUGUGGGGAUUAAAUAAGAAGAGGGAGAACUAUGUACUUGCUCUCCUUGGAGAAAAAGGUGGGAUAUAAAUGCAAGAAAUAAGUGUGAGCAUUGUGCAGCCCAGUGUGUCCUGCAGUAUCCUGGACACAGGGAUAUUGUGCAUGCAAAGCCUUGCAUUUCCUCUUUGGAGUCCAGGCUUCUUGUUCCCCCUUUUGCUGUGUGGACAGAGCAGCUGCUGCUGAGCAUCUGGGUUGAGAAUUCUGCAGUUUGGUGGUUCUUUUUUUCCUCUUUUUGAGGGGGAGCUUCCUGCUCUUGUAGCUUGUCACAUCUGCAUUACACAACCUUUGUCGUCCCUCCAGCCAUCCUAAUCAGUCUCAGCCUGAUUGAGUCCACCUUCUCCUACCUCAUUUGUUCACUGAGCUAUGCCUGACAACUGGCACUGCUUGGAACACCUUCCCUGCUUAUUCUGAACAGCCUGUUAGCUUAGGCUUGGAAUCAGUUAUCAGUGCCAGGGGUCAGUUGUGGCCAGUGUGACAUUAUUAAAAAUGCAGCGUCUGUGAGCAUGUGCAGAGUAUUUUUCUCCUUCCUGAAGUUCCCAUAUCGAGAUGAGCAAGGGCAGAUAUGGAUUAACCAACCCAGAAUCUCUCUGCCAGCCUUCAUCAACCUAGUGACUGACCUGUAGGUGUUUUCCCACCACAAAUGCUGGCUGCAGCUGAUAGGAAUUGCAGUCCAAAAUGUCUGGAGAGCACCCAGCCAGUGAUGGCUGCCCUUUGCACUUCUAUUUGACUUAGAGAAAAUAGCACCACCCCUCCCUGCAACCCUGGGUCCCCUUUUCUGCUGCCUUUACCUAGAGAAAGUUACCUGGCUCUGUUUUCUGCACCUUUUGUCGUCACCUUGAAUGGCUUGGUGACCCCACUGCCUAAGGACAAGGCUGGCGUGAUGGGGUCUUGGGGGCUCCCUGUGGAUUUGCCCGCUCUUUUAGGAUCAAGGUUUGUGUUUGCCUCUUUCUCCCUACGAGGUCUUGGAGAUGUGUGUGAACAACUGCGGAGAGAAUUUCCAUCAUGAAAUGGGGAAGUUCCGAUUUCUCAACGGUCUCAUCAAGGUCCUUUCUCCCAAGGUAAGUGCCCAGGAAGGUGAAGCUCAGAAAUUCAAAGUGUUGGUACUGACCUUUAAAGCCCUAAACGGCCUUGGCCCAGUAUACCUGAAGGAGCAUCUCCACCCCCAUCGUUCAGCCCAGACACUGAGGUCCAGCUCCGAGGGCCUUCUGGUGGUUCCCUCACUGUGAAAAGUGAAGUUACAAGGAACUAGGCAGAGGGUCUUUUCAGUAGUGAUACCCGUCCUGUGGAACAUCCUCCCAUCAGAUGUCAAGGAAAUAAACAACUAUCUGACUUUUAGAAGACAUCUGAAGGCAGCCCUGUUUAGGGAAGUUUUUAAUGUUUGAUGUUUUGUUGUGUUUUUAAUAUUCUAUUAGGAACAGCCCAGAGUGGUUGGGGAAACCCAGCCAGAUGGGCAGGGUAUAAAUAAUAAAUUAUUAUUAUUAUAUAGAAAAAGAAGCCUGGAAGGGAGGGGGCCCUUGUCAGAAAAGGGGUGGCUGGGCGGUCUCUUCAGAAGGGCCUCCUCAGACAGUGGCGUAGCGUGGGUUGUCAGCACCCGGGGCAAGGCAAGUAAUUUGCGCCCCCUAACCCGUGGAUUUGCGCCCCCUAACCCUAACCCCCAAAUGUUGCACCCGGUGCGGCCGGCCCCCCCUGCACCCCCCACGCUACGCCACUGUCCUCAGAGUCCUAAAGGUCAAGAUAAAGUUGGGGUUGUGUGUGGUUGUUUUUAAAAGAGGGGUGGAUUCUGUACUUCCAGCAACAUCUGCAGGGCCACUGGUUAUCCCCCGUUCCCACUGUUAAGGGUACAGGUGCAUCCUUUGAAGGCAUAAAACAUCUGAAAUGUACAAGGAUUUAUUUUGCGUGGGUGGAAGUACAAGAUGCCGCGGGCACAGUCUUGCUUUGUGAGGAGCCGGGGACUCCCCAAGGUGGUGGUCUUUCUUCUUCUGGUUCCAACCAUCUUUACUUUGGGCUUCCCAGUAUCUCGGAGAGUGGUCGACGGACAGAGUCAAAUCCCGCAUCGUCGAGCUGCUGUUCAGUUGGAUGGUGUGGUUUCCUCAGGAAGUGAAAAUCCGCGACGCUUAUCAAAUGUUGAAGAAACAAGGUCUCCAUUUAGCUGUUUCUUCUGUCUGUGUUCUCCCCUACCCCCUUCCCAUCUCAAAGUCACAUGGCCUUAAACCACAAGCCUGCUGACCAAAAUUCUUCUAACAACCUUUUCCCUCACGAGGUUUUUCCGUGAGAAAGCAGAACAAAGUAUUUUUCUUCCUGGGACCACAAAAAAGGGGUUUUGCAGCUUUACCUCUCUUAUCUCUUCUAAAUUACUUACUGUGGUGGGUCUAUUUAUUUACAGUGGUACCUAUGGUUACGUACUUAAUUCGUUCCGGAGGUCCGUUCUUAACCUGAAACUGUUCUUAACCUGAAGCACCACUUUAACUAAUGGGGCCUCCCGCUGCCGCCACGCUGCCGGAGCCCGAUUUCUGUUCUUAUCCUGAAGCAAAGUUCUAAUCUGAAGCACUAUUUCUGGGUUAGCGGAGUCUGUAACCUGAAGCGUAUGUAACCUGAGGUACCACUGUAUUGCCCUUGUAUCUCCUCAUUUUCUUCCAAGAAGCUCAAGUUGGCCUCCAUUUUCUCCUCACUUAUUCCUCACAACAACCAUGUGAGGUGGCUAAGGCUGAGAAGUGGUGACUGCCGAAGGUCACACCUAUUGAGCUUCAUGGCCAGGUGGGGAGGUUUGAACCCUGGUCUCCCAGGUCUUAGUCCGCCACUUUUUUUUGCCAAUUAAUUUUUAUUCAUUUUCAAAUUUAUAAAACAUCAAAACCAAAUUUAAUUUAAUUUAAAUACCUCCCCCCCCAACUGCUUUCCCACUCUCAUAUAUACUCCAAUCCAUCCCCUUUAGCAUACUGCUUUAACAUUCAUCUCUAACGAUCAUCCAUUUUAAAAAACAAAUUCUAGUCCAACACUCUUAACAGCUGCAUCCAAAAGUUUUUGCAGUGGAAUCUGAAGCCUUGCAGAUGACAAAUUGCAGGCGGUUUAAGGCCAGCUUUUGCUCCUUUGCUUUCAAUGUUUAGUUUCUUGCAUUUUGAAUCUCUGAAUUCCAGGCUCGGGCAACUAGCUUUAAAUGCCUUUUCUGUUGUGAUUUGUCAUUUUAAAUGGCCCCUAAGCAUCCUUGAACUGUGAGUGUGCCAACACUGCAAAGAUUUAUUUCAGGGAUCGUCAAACAAGACCCCAAACUACCGGAAGACAAAAUUCUGCCACCACCUUCUCCACGGCCGGCUAGCUCCAUUUUUGAUGCUGAUGAUGAGAAAUCCAAGGUAACCUGCUCCUCCUUGUGGUCAAGCUGGACGCUGCACCGCCACUAUUGCUCAUGUUAAUCAUGGACUUGGGUAGUGGGUGCCGACAGGGUGACCCACAGGGGCCCCUGACAAGCCUUUUGGGGAUUGAAUCAAGGACUUUCUGCAUGCAAAGCAGACUUUUGUCCCCUGAGCCUACAGCCCUUCCCUUGUUUUUUUUUUUAAAUAUCCUGGUUAUAAAACUUUAUUCUGAGAAAUGCUGCUUUUUCCAUGCAAAACCAGACCAUCUGAAAGCCUUGUUGGUAAAUAUUCAAAGCAGCCCUUUUUUAAAAAAAGUAGGAGUCUCUCCCCCCCCCUUUUUUUUUUUUGCUCCUGAACAGCUUUGCUUGAGACGAAAUGUACCAUUGACUGUGCGGUGAUGCUUCUGGCCUGGUCCUCACCUUCUCCCCUCCUCUCCUCAGCUUUUAACAAGGCUCCUGAAAAGCAAAAACCCAGAGGACCUUCAGGCAGCAAACAGGCUGAUCAAAGGGAUGAUCAGAGAGGUAGGCCUUCUCUCUGCCAUUUCCCCCCAUUGUCUGGCAGCAUCUGGUGCCAGAGGGCUCCAUUCUCAUGGAGAAGCCAGUGUGGUGUAAUGGUUAAAGUGCUGGACUAUUACCUGGAAGAGACCAGGGUUCUAAUCCCCCCUCAGCCAUGAAGCUCACUGGAUGUGACUUUGGGCCAAUUAUUGCAUUAUUAUUACCCCACUCGUCUGACUGGGUUGCCUCUGGGUGGCUUCCAACAAAUAUAAAAACCUUCAGAUGUCUUCUUAAAGUUGUAUAGUUACUUAACUCCUUGACAUCUGAUGGGAAGGCAUGCCACAAGGUGGGCGCCACUACCAAGAAGGCCCUCUGCCUGUUUCUUUGUAACUUCACUCCUUGCAGCCUCACCUACCUUACAGGGUCAUUGUGGCGAUUAAAUGAAGUGCAAGAGAACCAUUUAUGAAUAGGGGGGAGAAUCCUUGAGUUCUUUGGAGAGAAAAAGAUAUAAAGGCAACCAAUAAAGAAAUGCAGGCACAGAUUCUUAGGUGGUUGUCUUCAAACUUUCUCUGGUUUGCUUUUCUAGGGCUCAGUUUAUUAUCAGACCUUGGUAUGAGAGGAACAAGCUGAGGCUGCUAAUUGCUUAGGGGAAAUGCCUUGUGACCUAGAAUCAUAGAGUCACAGAAUUGUAGAGUUGGAAUAAGGGUCCCAGGGGUCAUCUAGCCCCACCCUCUGCAACACAUAAAUCACAGCUAAAGAAUCUGAGUGUGUUUGGCCCAUUGCAGGAGCAGGAGAAAUCAGCCAAGGUCUCCAGGCGACUGAACGCUCUGAAGGAAGCCCACAGCAACGCAGAGGCAUUGGAGGAGAUGCUGAGAAGCUGGCAAGAAAGCAAGGGAGCCGGGACCCCCACGUCAACCCUGGAGCUCCUGCAGGUAAGUCCUGCUCACUCCCUUCCCCCUCCCCCCGACCCUUGGGGAGCACCUCUGAAGUCCAGGCAUGGAAGGCACAGCAGCUAGUGUGCUCUGUAAGGCCUUUCUCCAGGGAGCCCCAUAUGCUCCAGAACCUCCCUCUGCCUGGCUAUGGGGAGGGGGCUCUUGAGGACAAUGGUGGGGCCUCUGCAGUAUGCAUUGGUUGACUCGUUUGUCACCAGGGGAGAGAGAGGACCUCUGUUUUCAGAUUCCUUCCCACAAUUCUCAAUGAAUACCACUUGCUGGGAAUCACACAAGGUGGGAAAGCACUGCCGUUGGUGCACCCAGGUCCUGUCUGCGGGCUUCCCAUUGUGGCAUUUUGUUGGCCUCCUUAGUGAGGAGAGGAUGUUGGGCUUGAUGAACCUCUGGCUGCAAGGUUUUUUCUGAUGUUCUUCAGUUGCAUAUAUACCCCUCUGGCUAGAAAACUGGACUGGGCUUAACUGAAUUCUGGGUGCCUGGAAUCUGCCCUGAAACACGUGGCGGAAUAUUAUAACAGCACGAUGAAUAAAGUGCCUCUGAGCAUGCGUGGUGCGCUUUCCUCCUCCCCUCGGGCCACAGCUGGGGUGGGGUGGGGCUAGCUCAGCUGGGCUGUGAGGCUGAGCCAGCGGCACUUCCACUCUGGCUGUGUCCUUCCACAGGCCACGUUUGCCAAGUGCGAGAGGCUGAAGCCGCUGCUCUUCCGUGUGGCCAGCGAGACGGUGGAAGACGAAGAGGCUCUGGGUAAGAACAGGAACAACAAACAAGGGAAGGGAAGUGGAGGGGCUGGGCAGGGGUGUGUGUGUAGAGAGAGGGAUGUUACAGAGGCCCAAUAAAUGCAGUUUUGUCCUGGCUGAGAAGGGAACAGCUGUCCCCUAUUCUCUGUACCCUCAAAUUAGGAAACUGCUGGAUUUGAAAUCACUUGUAUUUAUUUUUUGUAUGUAAUUUUUAUUAAGUUUUCUGUUUUACAAUUUAAGAUACUCGUUUUACAUCCUUAAGAUAUCAGUGACUUCCCUUCUUCUCUUUCCAUGGUUCAUUUCACAUAUCAUAAAUCCCUGCAUAUUUUACAAAAACUAUACCAUUCAGUAUUUCAUUGUGGCAUCCAUCAAAACUUAUUUACACUGUUUAAUUUAUCUUAAUGCUGCCAAUGUUUUCAGCUGUACAUCAUUAUUUUCCAUAUAUUCAACAAAUGUUUUCCAAUCUUCUUUAAACGUAUGUUCUUGUUCUCUUAUUCUAUUUGUUAAGUCUGUGAGUUGUGCAUAUUCUGUCAACUUAAGUUGCCAUUCUUCUUUAGUUGGGACCUCGCUCGUUUUCCAUUUUGGGGUGAAAUCAAUUUUAUUAGAUGGGGUUUGUGUGUGUUUUGUUAGCCCCGAGAAUUAGAAUUCCAGGGUUUUAAUUUGUUAACAGGGGUAACUUAAUUUUUUUUUAAUGCUAAUAAUACAGAACACAUGGAACAAAGCAGCCCCCACCCUACAAAUAACAAUUGUUUUCUUGUAAUUGUUGAGUGAAGCUCGUGGUGCAAAUUCUCACUCUUGUUGCUUCUGUAGGGGAGGUUCUGCAGGCAAGUGACAGGCUCACACGGGUGCUGUGCUCUUACAAGGACGUUGUGGGUACCGCUGGGGAUUCUGGGACCAGCUCUGGUGGUGCUGCUGGUAGGUCAAGGUUGGCAAGGCUGUCCCUGUCUUGUAAAGGGUCUGGGGGAGGCCCUGCUUGCAGUGAACCCAAGGGGCAGAUUGAGAUGGGCUAGGGUGAAUCAUAGUAGAGUUGGAAGGGACCACAUUUGUCCAGUCAUCUGCAAUGCAGGAACCUUUUGCCUAAUGUGGGACUCAAACCCACUACCCUGAGAUUAAGAGUCCCAUGCCCUACUGACUGAGCUAUCAUACAGGUGCCUUUUUGUUCUUCAGAGUUGUUGGGUAGGGAUCUAAAGAGGGGGGUGAGGAGGUGGCUUUGAGAAGGAAGGAAAAAAGGAGGGUCAGAAGGGCGAGCAGAAAACCACAUCAGGUGACUACUCCGUUUUGCGAACCACAAACUGCAGGAUGGCCCCCUUUUUAAAAAAAGCUACCAGCUCUUUAAGUCUCUGCUUUGAAGCACCACAGUAAACGAAAACAUUCUGCUCUGCAGGUCAGGAUAGUCAGGGAGCACUUUGGGAAGCUUUGCUAAACCAGAGCAGCUAGCCAGCCUACAGUUUCAAAAGCCUGACACAGUUUGCUGGUUUUCUUGCUUGUUUAGUAAGGCUGAAGUUAUGCUAUCUUGCUCCCAAGAGAACGGAUUUGUGUCAGAAGUGUUUUGCUUUGAGUGGUGGAUCUCGCUUAAGUUCUUGGCUGCUUGCCUUACCCAGUAAUAGACAAGUGAAAUGCAGAGUUGGGGGUGGGGGAGAGGAAGGGAGUCCCACCUUUGUGUCGGGAGAACUGCUGGCAGCAAUCUGAAAUUGUGGGUGGAAGAUCUUCCCUUUGCCCAGCAUUCUCUACCAGCUGAGCCUCUUUGGGAUAGUCAUCUACUUGGUUUAAAAAAACAAAUCUUGCUUUCAUUUAAAGCCCUAUACGACCUUUAAAGCCCUAUACGGCCUAGGACCCUCGUACCUACGGGACUGCCUCUCCUGGUAUGUCCCACAGAGCACCUUACGGUCUUCAAAUAAAAACAUUUUGGGCGAUCCCGGGCCACAGGGAGGUUAGGCUGGCCUCAACCAGAGCCAGGGCUUUUUCGGCUGUGGUCCCAAUCUGGUGGAACGCUGUCACAAGAGACUAGGGCCCUGCAGGACUUGACAUCUUUCCGCAGGGCCUGCAAGACAGAGCUGUUCCACCAGGCCUUUGGCCAAGGCACAGUCUGACCCCCUCCUUUGGUAAUCCUCAUAGAACUUUAGCCCAAUGGUUGCCCUUAAUUUGAUUUUGAAUUGAUUUUAGAAUGCAAUGAUUUUAGAAUGCAUUUCAAUUAAUUGAUUGUGAUUUUAUGUAAAUUGUGUUACUUUUAUUGUUGUUAGCUGCUCUGAGCCUGGCUUCGGCUGGGGAGGGCGGGAUAUAAAUAAAAUUUUAUUAUUAUUAUUAUUUCAGCUGGACCUCAGCCCCUUCCAGACGCUGCGAGCAGCCUCACCCUCAUCGACCUCUCUGAGCUGGCUGCUGGGUGCCAGGCUCCCUUGCAAGAGAAUGCAAAGACAGAGCCUUUUCUGGAGAGGCUCCUCUCCUCCUCUUCUACCCACUCACUGGAUGAGGAGCUGAUGUUAGGUUGGUGUCUUGGACUGGAGUUCUCAGGGGCUGCAUCUUCCCUGAUGUAGAAAGCCCUGCUUCCUGUGGUUGGGAAGGGCCUGUAGGAGGAGAGUGUUUGAGGAGGACAAGAGUUGUAUUCAGUGCUAGCCCUACUUAGAGUAGACCCAUUGAAAUUAAUGGACUUAGCCUGUGUGCAGAGUAGACCCUGGCCAUGAUCAGCUUGGGCUCAGAGUGGGUCUACUCUGGGUAAAAUAUUAUUAUUAAUAAUAUAUUAUGUAUUAUAUUUAUAUUCCACCUUUCCUCCAACUAGCCCAAGGUGGUGUACAUAGUUCUCUCCAGUGCUAUUUUUCUAGAAAAAGAGGUGCCAGAACUCACCAUGAAUGCCUCCCUGGUUCUCUUAUAAUGGAACCUGAGAGGUGCUGGAACUCAGUUCUGGCUGGGGGAAAAGCCCUGGCUCUCCCACUUUCUAGUGCAGCACUAACCACUACACCACACUGGUUCUGAAUAUGUUUGAAUGCAACUCUAUGUGUUUUCCAAACCAGGACAUAACAAGCUGUUGUUGGCUCCAUGUUUUCAACACCGCUUUAUGAUUUCCAUUAUGCUUUAGACUCUGUGGAACCGUUUCCCAACCCUAAAAUAAAUAAAUCUGUUAGAACUGUCCUUGUUAUAGUCACCCUGUUUCCUUCUGGUGGGGUCUUCCGAGCCGCCCAGGGAGAGCCAGCUAUGAGAAAACCAGGCCGGGGCCUCAAGAGCCACCCUCCUUCUCCUGGGCUGGUGGAAGAGUAGUCGGUCUGAGCUGCUUGCACCCUCGUUGGCUUCAGAUCCCGCUGCACAUCCUGGACCAGGGUCUUCAUGGAUAACCAAAGCUGGAGGAGGAGCCUUCAGGGAUGUUGCUGCAGCAUUAGCACCUAAGCAAGAGGCAACCAGGGCGUGGGGAGGGGAGCUGCGGAAGGAAAGGGUUAGUUCCCUGCUGGGAUAGUGACAUUGCCUCCACGUUCCUGUGGCUCUCUUUCCCCAGGUCUCCCCAUCAGCCCGACGGCGGCGGCUCCUCCAGUCUCCAGCCAAAUACCUGAAAUGGCACCAGCACCUUUGCCGCCUUGCCCUGCGUCCUCCAGCGGCUCCUUGGCUAAGCUUUCAAUUCCGCUGAGUUCCAUUACUCUGAGUAAGUGCCAGGUUGGGGGCUUUUCUUCACAGGGCAGGAGCUGAGCAGCUGCCCCCAAUCUGGUGGUGGGAUGUGGACUCUGGUGGGGCGACAGAGCCCCGUAUAGGGUUUGGCUUUGCCCCUCUGUGAGGCUCUGUGGCUACCUGUUGCCAACUGCAGUUGGCAUGGCAGCUACGGCCAUUCCUGGACCGGGAAGGCUUGGCUGCAAGUAGUUCACGCGCUGGCUACUUCCAGAGUAGAUUACUGCAAUGCACUCUGUGCGGGGCUUCCCUUGUGCCCGAUUCAGAAGCUGCAGUUAGUGCAGACUUCUGCAGCACGAUUGCUGAUGGGAGUGGGGCCGUGUUAGGAUUUAACGCGUGCUCAGAUAUCUGCAGUGGUUACUUAUUUGCUACCUGGCCAGGCUCAAUGUGUUACACCAUUAGUAUACAAAGCCCCCAGUAAUCUGGGACCAUAUUAUACACCCUCUCGAGUGCUUUGAUCUGUGGGACUGGCUGCGUUAUAGGUGCCACACAAUGCCCGUUCCACAUUUUUUGGAAAUCGGUCUCCUAGUGUGGCAGCACCUACACAUGGGAACUCCCUGCCUCUCUAUUCUUUUCAGCACCUGCUAAAAACAUUUUUUUUUUGGACAAGCCUGAUGUUUGGGAUACUGGUGUGUUUUUAGCUCUAUGGAUGGUUUUAAUUUUUUUGAAUGCUGUAAUUUGUUGUUGUUUAGUCAUGUCCGACUCUUCGUGACCCCAUGGACCAGAGCAUGCCAGGCACUCCUGUCUUCCACUGCCUCCUGCAGUUUGGUCAAACUCAUGCUGGUAGCUUUGAGAACACUGUCCAACCAUCUCAUUUUUUUUUUUUAAAUGAUAUUUAUUUCAAAUUUAAAAUUACAAAAAAGAAAAAGAAAAACCAUACAAAAUACAAGGAAAACAUUAACCGUGACAAAGCGUAAAAUAAACAAAUAGAAAAGAACAAUAAAAUAGAAUAAAAAAAGAGACUUAACAGAAGAUAUAAAAAUACAUUAAGUUAAAAUAAAACAAAAACAGAUUAAACCUUUACUUAACCUUUUUCCCUUUACUUAUUUCCAUGACCUCCUCUCACCUCCCAAUUUUGUAUUCUAGUUCAGAUCGUAUUUCCAGCAAUUCCUUCUAACCUUAUUUUCAUUUACGUAUUUUGAAAUUUCAAAUAAUGUAAUUAAACUUCCUCCAUUUCAUCAAAAUCAACAACUCAUUUUUGCUUAGUCCAUUAUAUCAUAUCUACCAAAACGACCUAAUAUUCUUUUUCCAACCUCUUUCUAACAUUCUUUUAUAUUGCAGUAUUUUUGAAGAUAUAUUUUGAAUUUUUCCAAUCUUCUUCCAUCGACCCUUCUCCCUGGUCUCGAAUUCUGCCGGUCAUCUCAGCCAGUUCCAUGUAGUCCAUCACUUUCAUCUGCCAUUCUUCUCGGGUAGGCAAUUCUUGUGUCUUCCAGUACUUCCCACUGAGUAUUCUUGCUGCUGCUGUAGCAUACAUAAAGAAAGUUCUAUCCUCCCUUCGCACCAAUUGGCCGACCAUGCCCAGAAGAAAGGCCUCUGGUUUCUUCAGAAAGGUAUAUUUAAAUACCUUUUUCAAUUCAUUAUAAAUCAUUUCCCAGAAAGCCUUAAUCCUUGGGCAUGUCCACCAAAGGUGAAAAAAUGUACCCUCAGUCUCUUUACAUUUCCAACAUUUACUAUCUGGCAAAUGAUAGAUUUUUGCUAGCUUGACUGGGGUUAAGUACCACCUAUAAAUCAUUUUCAUUAUAUUUUCUCUUAAGGCAUUACAUGCCGUAAAUUUCAAACCUGUGGUCCAUAACUGUUCCCAGUCAGCAAACAUAAUGUUAUGUCCAAAAUCUUGUGCCCAUUUAAUCAUAACAGAUUUAACCGUUUCAUCCUGUGUAUUCCAUUUCAACAGCAAAUUAUACAUUCUUGACAAAUUCUUAGUUUUAGGAUCUAACAAUUCUGUUUCUAAUUUUGAUUUUUCCUCCCGGAAACCAAUCUUUUUAUCUAAAUUAAAGGCCUCUCUUAUUUGAUAGUAAUGAAGCCAGUCUCGAACUUUAGUUUUUAGUUUGUCAAAGCUCUGCAGCUUUAAUUUAUCUCCAUCUUGUUCUAGAAUUUCACAAUAUUUUGGCCAGUUUGUCUCCAUAUUGGUUUUUUUCAGAGCCUUAGCCUCCAUUGGUGACAACCACCUUGGUGUUUUACUUUCCAACAAAUCCUUGUAUCUCACCCAGACAUUAAACAAUGCUUUCCUGACAAUAUGGUUCUUAAAGGCCUUAUGUGCUUUAAUCUUGUCAUACCAUAAAUAUGCAUGCCAUCCAAAAACAUUAUCAAAACCUUCUAAAUCCAAAGUGUCCGUGUUUUCAAGAAGCAGCCAAUCUUUCAGCCAGCAAAAUGCGGCUGAUUCAUAAUAAAGCUUAAGGUCUGGCAGGGCAAAUCCACCUCUUUCUUUAGCAUCAGUUAAAAUCUUAAAUUUUAUUCUUGGCUUCUUGCCCUGCCAGACAGAUCUCGAAAUAUCUCUCUGCCAUUUCUUGAAACAGUCCAUCUUAUCCAAAAUCUGCAAUGUUUGAAACAAAAACAACAUUCUAGGCAAUACAUUCAUCUUUAUCGCAGCAAUUCGGCCCAACAAUGAUAACUUCAAUUUUGACCAUAUUUCCAGAUCCUUCUUUACUUCUAUCCAACAUUUUUCAUAAUUAUCUUUGAAUAAAUUCACAUUUUUAGCAGUCAUAUGAACCCCUAGAUAUUUCACUUUCUUAACCAAUGUUAAUCCUGUCUCCUUCUGAAACCUCUCUUUCUCAAUCUCUGUAAGAUUUUUCUCUAACACCUUAGUUUUCAUCUUAUUCAGUUUAAAACCUGCUACUUGACCAAAUUCUUGGAUUAAUUGCAAUACUCUUUUUGCGCUGGAUUCUGGCUCCUGUAGUGUCAAAACCAAAUCAUCAGCGAAAGCUUUUAAUUUAUACUGUUUAGCUCCGAGUUGUAUACCUUUAACCAAUUGGUCUUUCCUGAUCAUAUUAAACAAGACCUCCAGGACCGAUAUAAAAAGCAGUGGGGAGAUUGGACAACCCUGUCUUGUUCCUUUCUCUAUCUUAAACUCUUCUGUAACUACAUUAUUUACAAUCAACUUAGCUUUUUGUUCCGAAUAAAUUGCACCUAUACCGUUUUCAAAACUUUGGCCUACCCCCAUCCCUUGUAAAUUUUUCUUCAUGAAACUCCAAGAAAUAUUAUCAAAGGCUUUCUCCACUGUCCAACCAUCUCAUCCUCUGUCAUCCCCUUCUCCUCCUCAGUAGCAUGUUGGACGCCUUCCGACCUGAGGGGCUCAUCUACCAGCGUCAUAACUUUUAUAUGCCUGUUGUCUUUGUCCAUGGAGUUUUCUUGGCAGGGAUACUGGAGUGGCUUGCCGGUUCCUGCUCCAGGUGGAUCACGUUUGGUCAAAACUCUCCACUAUGACCUGUCCAUCUUGGGUGGCCCUGCACGGCAUAGUUCAUAGUUUCUUUGAGUUGUUCAAGCCCCUUUGCCACGGCAAGGCAGUGAUCCAUGCUGUAAUAGUUUUUACUAAUUACCUUACUGCCUUAUUCUUUAUGCAAACUGGGAGGAAGAUUUCUGCAGUCAAGCAGUAUAUAAAUUGUAUGAAAUAAAUAAAUGCCCCCCCUUUCCCUUCCCCUCCCUCUGGAUCCUGGCAUCCUCAUCCUAGCCACCAGAUUGCUUAAGGACAGUGGUAGAGCAUAGCUGGGAUAGCUCAGUUGGUAGAGCAGGAGACUCUUAAUCUCAGGGUUGUGGGUUCAAGCCCCACAUUGGGCAAAAUGUUCCUGCAUUGCAGGGGUUGAACUAGAUAACCCUCAUGGUUCUUCCCAACUCUACAAUUCUAUCUGUUCUGGGUGUAGCAGCUCUCGAGUUCAGUUUCUAGUAUCUCCCAAGUAUGGCUGGUAGACACCUCUGCCUGAAAUCCUGGAGGGUCAUUGCAUCGUUGCCAGUCAGUGUAGACAGUGUGGAGCUAGUUGACCCCAGUGGUCUCACUCUGUAUAAGGCAGCUUCCCAUGUUGUCUGUCUUCUUGCCCCCAACAGGCACGAUCCCCCCGGUCACGGUCUAUGAGGAGAAGGGCCUGAAAGCCAUGCUCCACUUCUCCAGGGACCCGGUUCCCGGCCAACCAGCCACCAGGGUGCUGGUUCUCUCCCUGCUGAGCACUGCCCCUCACCCAGUCCAGGACAUCGUCUUCCAGGCUGCUGUGCCCAAGGUGAGAGAAACUGGCUCUUAAUCUAGGCAAGAGAGCUGUGCUCCUGACCAGCAGGAUUCCUCCCUCCCUGUGGAUUGUUGUAUUUUAUUAAGGAAGUUACAUAGUGCCCUUUAUUUAUUUACUUAUAAAAAUAUGUGUAUGCCGCAGUGCCAUAAAUAAUUUAACAAAGUGGGUUAUAGCAAUAAAAACAUAAAGCAAUACAAUACAAGCCAUAACAAAAGUUAAAAAGCAGACACCAUUGUGAAGGAGCUAUUCUUAAUUGCCUGCACAGGUAUGGCAGAAUAUAAGAGUUUUCAGCAGGCGUUAGAUGGCCCCUGCUGAAUCUCCAGUGGCAGAAGGUCCCACAGGACUCGGCUGACGAUGCUAAAGGUUCCAUUUCUUGCUGCUGUUAGGGAAGGGUGAGGCUUUUCCCACCUGUCAGUCACCUGAUGUCACAAGGAUCUUAGGUUCCCAUACAGACCAGGCCAGCAGAAAACGUUUCUCUUCCAGCAGGUCUUUGGCCUGACCACUGUUUUUGUCACUUUUGCCUUGCCUUCCUGCUUUGCGGUAUGAGGGUGUAUUUUCCUUGGGGGUUUCAACUUGAAACAGAAAGAGGGGAUAAUUUAUAAAAUGUUGUGAUUGAUAUGCUGCUGGGGCACUGAGCCAUGGAGUUGUCCCAACGACCCCACCUGGGCUGAGCUUGUGCCUGAGGAGAGCUCAUCCUUCUUCCUCUCUCUCUCUCCCUCUCCUCUUCCUUGCUGCUGAAUGAUAGUCGAUGGCCAUCAAGCUGCAACCAGCCACAGGCUCCGAGCUGCCGGCCUUCAACCCACUCCUUCCCCCAACAGUGAUUUCUCAAGUACUGCUUCUGGCCAACCCUCACCAGGUAUGUGGCUGGAUCAGGUUGGGGUUUGUGGUCUGGGCAGCAGACUGCCCAGCAGCAGCCAGGGACCAGUGGCUCCUUUCUUUGGCUGCCUGUUCAGAAUGUGGGGCAGGGCUGGGGAGCAUCUGUGCUCCUCCAGAUGUUGUUGGAGUGAGUCCUAUCACAACCAUCGCCAUCACCUCCGACCACUGGCCCUGCUGACUGAGACGUAGGGAUGAGAAUGUUAGAAGACGGGGAGGGGGGCGAGGCGAACUUCAGGAACGUUUUGAAACUGAUGAGGGUUCAGCUUCUCCUCAGACUGUCGAAUGGGAAUUGUGUAAAGCCCAUACCCAAGAUAGGAUCAUAGCAUCUGCUUUUUGUAAGAAACAGAUUUAGAAGCCUGCCGGAGGAAGUUGGGGAAAAACAGAGAGGCCCAUUUUAGGUCCAUUGGCAGUAUCCCCUUCCCCAAAUUUACCGUGCUCUAGAUAGGAGUGGAAUGACCUCCACUACAGCUGAAUUUGCCCUGGCAGGUUUGCACCAGAGAGAGAACGGGCAAGAGUUUGGAUUCCUUCUUUAAAGAGGGGCCUGCCAGAAAUUGCAGAGUGUCUAUGUGUCUGUCUUUCCUCUUUAUAUCUUUUUUCCCCCCUGUCCCCAGGCUCCACUCCGACUGAGAUACAGAUUGUCCUUCGUCCAAAAUGGGACACCUUGCAUAGAAACUGGGGAGGUAUCUGAUUUUCCCCAUGCAGAGUUAUGGGGUGGGAUUUAGUGAAUGCUUGCCUGGUGACUUCAGAAGAUCCCCAGAGCACCAUCUUCAUGGUCUCAGGGCACCGGGAUGAGCCUCACCAGGGCCCAGACAUUCAAUGCCAAUUACGCUUUGGAGCAAGAUACCUUCUUCUUCGCGUAUACCAAUCAGUACAUUUUUAAAAAUGCAGCUAUCUUUAUAUUCAUUUGGACUAUGUAAACAGCACUGGACACUUUUUCCUCCAAUAAUCUUGGAAGGGAUCACUUCGUUUCUGAGGAUGGUCCACCUGAAAGCUACCCUCCCACCUGUUGGCUGAGCUGCUGUGAUGUCAUGGAAUGUGUGCAACCCGAUAGUCCAUAGAAUAUUGAUAAUAAAGUUUUUCUGUUUCUAAGACACGAGUCAAAGGUAAACAUGGAAAAAAACCUCAACAGAAUAUACUGGCUAAUUUCUGGCAAGAGGGUUGUUGGAAAUAAAGAAACUGGGGCUGUGGAGGAAGCUGAAAAGCAGAGAUGCAAGAGGGCCAUGGGAAUGACUAGAGGGAGCAAGAUGUGACCAACAGAACACAUGACGCGAUGCACAUGUGUGACAAAUGCUUUGCUGUAGGCUGGAUUUGUUUUACUUUCCAAAGAGUGGUGUCUUCCAAAGAGUUUGGCUUCCUGCUUUAAAGAGGGGCCUGCCUGAAAUUGCAGAGUGCCUUGUGUGGACCAGUUUGCUAUUGAGAGGAUGGGAGGGGAGAAGGAACCUCUGCGUCUGCGUGGAGGGCUCUCUUUCAUUGAAGGUUUGAAAGCAGAGCCUGGAUGGCCACCUGUCAAGGGUUCUUUGGUUGUAACUCUUGCAUUGCAGGGGUUUGGACUGGAUGACCCUUCCAGAUCCUCCUAGCUCUACAAUUCUGAUUCUAUCUCUGCACCACCCAUGCUCUGCUGCCGCCGGCACAGAGCGCCUUGCCCAGAAGAGCUGCUGGCUAAGAUUAGUAUAAUUUAUUACCCACCCUUCUGUUGAUUUAAAGCAGAGUCUCGUGCCCAGCGGAAGGAUGAGCAAUACGUGCUACAUACUCUAUAUUGCUUUAUUUACAGUUCAAAGCUGGUAUAUUACAGAAAGACAUCUUGCCUCUGCCGGAGCAGAAAAAUGCAUCCUCUCUCCUCAACAGCUCGGAGAGAAUCACACAGUGAAAAACAGGAAACCAGUGUACGUCACAUCCAGUCUCCCUUUCCCGUGAGAAACUCCAACAGUACAGACUGUGGAAUGUAAACACCUGUCUCAUGACAAGUAGAGCUGCACAGUGAAGGAAAGCAGAAACCAACAUCCUCCCCCUUUCUGUGAACAUCACUGGGCAGCGUGUUUGCACAAUAUCAGUACAAACCCAACUUCUGCACAUAGGUACAGUGUUGAUCCCUUGAUACAAUCUUGGACAAUACAUCAGCAGGAAUUUCAUUACCUGGCAUAUAGGACACCGUUACGAGUCCCUUCUGAAUACAUUCCCUAGCAUGCUGCAACUUUAAUUGUAAGUGCUUUGUGCUUUGCUUACAACCUUCAGACUUCAGCAAAGCCAAACAUGCUUUGUUGUCCUGGUAAACCUGGAUUGGACAUUUGACAGGAAUUUUCAUAUCUUUGCACAAUUGUACUAACCAUUCACAAUCCUUAAGUGAAUAAGACAGUGCAUUCAGUUCGGCUUCACAAGUACUUAAGCUAACUGUUGUUUGCUUCUUGCAUGACCAAUCAAACAGACUCUGAUUGUACAUGUAGCAAACUCCAGACGUACUUUUCCUGUCUGUAGCGUCACUUCCAAAACUUGCAUCUGCAAAUAUCUCAAGACCACCAGACUUCUGAUUGUUAAAUCUCAGUCUGUAAUGCAUAGUGCCUUUCAAAUACCGCGCUAUGCGUUUCAGAGCUUUCCAAUGCUUGACACUAGGAUUGUUGACUUGUCUGCUUAGCAAAUUACAGCUAACAGCAAUGUCUGGUCUUGAACAUCUGGCAAUGAAGUUUAGCUUGCCUAGCACACUCCUGUACAGUGUAGUGUCAGAAAAUGCUUCUUCAGUGUCAUCUACCUGAUAACCUGUUGUCAUCGGUGUGUCUACAGGGUUAGCAUCCAUCAGAUUUAGUUUGCUUAACACAUCAGCAAUUUUCCGUGACUGGUGUACUAGAAUGUUACCAUCUUGAUCUCUCUCUAUUUCCAGAGAUAGGUAGUUGUUUACCUCACCAAGAUCUUUCAUGUCAAAGUGCUCUUUCAGUUGAGCUAGGGCGUUAUUGUACAUUGCGACAUCUUUCCAAAAGAAUAAUAAAUCAUCAACAUAAAACAAACAGUACAGUUUCUUUUGCCCCUCCUCUUUGACAAAUACACAUGGAUCAGCUUUCCCUUGCUGAAAACCUAGAGAAAACAAUACUUCAGUGAGUUUUGUGUGCCAACACCGUGCACUUUGUUUGAGACCAUAAAGGGAUUUCUUCAGAGCACAAACAAAUCCCUGUUUUAUCUGUACGCCAUCAGGUGGAAGCAUAUAAAGUGAUUCAUCUAGAGAUCCGUACAGAAAAGCUGUAUUAAUAUCAUGGUGACUAAUGUGUAGAUUUUCCUCUGCAGCUAGCUUGAGCAUAAGCCUAAUGCUUUCAUAUCUCACUGUGGGUGAAUAGGUCUCGUGAUAGUCUUGACCUGGUACCUGUGCAAAACCUCUGGCUACCAAUCUGGCUUUGUGUCUGACUAUCUUGCCAUUUUGAUCUGUCUUCGCUUUGAAGACCCAUUUGCUUCCAAGCAGUUUCAUUCCUGGAACUACUGGAACUAGCUCCCAUGUUUUGUUCCUUUCUAAGGAAUCAAGCUCAGCCUUCAUGGCAUUUAACCAUGGCUCAGCUUCCUUCGAAUCCAAACCCUGGAUUUCUUGGAAACUUGAAGGUUCAAAUACCUUCUUGGAGCUUUUAACAGCUGUUACUGCUAUCUUAGCAAACUCAUCAGCAAAUCUCUUUGGAGGUUUGCUUUUUGUGACUCUCUGUGACCUACGAAUUAGCCUUAAGUCUUCAACACUCUCCUCUUCCUUCUUAGGAGAAAAACGACCUAUUGUGAACAAUGGUUCCUCCAAUUCUUGAUCAGAGCUUUCAGAGGGUCGCAUAGAGGCUUUCGCACUCUCGAAAUCCUCUGAAUCACCCGAUUCAGUUUCAGAUUCAGACUCAGAACCUUCAUCAGUGGGUGUGGGCUGUUGUGGUUGCUUUGACUAUCCUCAGUCUCAUCACCGUCAUCAGGAUAACAUUGGAAAAUUCCCACAUUCUCCCCCACUUUGCAUUGUACUCGACACUUCUCGUGAGCUUAAUUGUCUUAGAGUCAGUCAUCAUUAUUCUGUAAGACCCUUUCUGAUAACCUAGAAAGAUACCAUGCAAUCCACGCUUGUCUAACUUGGAGUUUUGUGGUGAGCGAACCCACAUGUCAGAACCAAAAAUCUUCAUGUGUUUGAUGUAUGGCUUCUUGCCAAACAUCUUCUCAUAGAAGUACAUCCAAUCGCUGAAGAUAACCUGCGAUUGUAACUGUAAACAAAACACGAGAGAGAUUCGGCCCAAUAACUCUCUGGAAGAUUGGCAUCAUGCAGCAAGGUCUUUAACCCUUGAAGCAAUGUCUGAUUUGCCCGUUCCGCAAGUCCAUUCUGCCAUGGCGAGCGAGGACUAGACAAAUCGUGUUGAAUUCCUUUCUCAGUCAGAAAAGCUUCAAACUGCUGAGAAGUGAAUUCCCCCGCGAUCACUGAAAAGAGUCUUUAUCUUCUUACCAUGCACAUUUUCCAACCAAGCACAGAAUUCCUUGAACCUAGGAAAAGCCUCCGAUUUCUGCUUGAGAUUGUACACAAAAAUAUAUCUAGAAAAUGCAUCAAUGAGAACCAUGAAGUAUCUAUUUCCACCCAAAGAGGGCGCUAGUGGACCAACCAAAUCAGCAUGAACAACCUGGUAUGGUUCUGUAGCUGUCCUACUAGACACCUUACCUUUCGCAGCCAUUUUCACCUUGUUUGCUGCGCAUGCUUUGCACUUCAUGUGGUACCUGCAGGGUUUAAUAGUCAUACCUUCAACCAAGGCAGGCAUUUUAGAUACUGCCUCAAAAUGCAAAUGACCAAAUUUUCGAUGAAAAUCGUGAAUACAUUCUGCAUGCAAACUUUUGUUAGAACCUGCAAUGCAACAAGUGUCAUCCUGCACCACAUCAUCAUAAUACAAAACAAACAAAUGAUCAACAUAUUCUGCAUGCAAUACAUAAUCAUUUUUCUUUGUGAUGAUGCACUUCUUGUUCUUGAAGGAAACGUCAAUGUUCCGCUCAUUCAGCUGUCCAACGCUGAGCAGAUUAUGUUUGGCGUCUGGCACGUAAAGCACAUUCUGUAUCGAUAAGUCCAAACUGUGAAGAACAACAGUUCCGUAGCCUUUACUGGGAAUAGUGUGGUCAUCCGCCUGGUGAAUCGCACCUUCCUGCGGUGUAAAAGACACAAACAGUUUCUUAUCGUUGCACAUGUGGUGGGUGGCCGCUGAAUCAACAACGAAGAAAGAUCUAGACGUCUUCUGGACCUCUGCAACCUUUGGGGUGAAGCGUGAAACCAUAGCCUUGUGCUGCGUUGUCCUAGACACCGGACCUUUGCCUUUGCCUCGGCCUUUUCCGCGCGAUGAGCUUUCGCUGCGCUGCUCUGUCUUGGCCCUGGGAUGUCUGCAUUCCCUCUUCAUAUGGCCUAGACGUCCACACGAGUAGCAUUUCACUGCCUUCAAAGCUUUGGCGCCAUCUGGUGGUUCCACUGCACUAUGGGAUGACGUCUGUGAAGACUCCCCCUUGCCCAUGCAGCUAGCACCCCGGCGAUCUGCUUCAUUUAAAAUCACGGCAGUAACAAAGUCCACUGUCAGCUGAGCAGUUGGUUGCACAGCAGUCUGGGUUGCAACAGACUCCCAACCUGAACCCAAAGAUUGUAGUAUCAUGAAAGAAUACACAGCCUCUGGAAAGUUGAGUCCUCUCUGUUGCAGCUCAUGUCUCAGAUUUUGCAUCUGCAUCAGAUGUAAACGCACAUCUCCACCUUCAACAAGAGCCAUAUUAUGCAGCUUGUUAAAGUAAAACAUAGUGGAUCCAGCUUCUGUCCUUAAGUGAGCCUCUCUCAGAGCGUCCCAUAUUUCUCUGGCUGAGGUCUUAUCACGCAAUAGACAGAGCUCUUCUGGGGACACUAUCAAUGUAAGAGUUCCCCUUGCUUUGGAAUCCUUAGCUUUCCAUGCAUCUGUAACUGGAACUGGGGGGGUUCCUGUAAUCACCUCAAACAAACCCUCUUUCCGCAGAAUUGCCUCUGCAUACUGAACCCAGUCGCUGUAAUUUUUCUUGUUGAGCUUAGGGAUCCCACAAGCAUCCUGAAGGGCCAUCAUGACUCUGGCAUUAGCCUUCAGCGUCAUAUAUAUGCUGCAUUAAAUCUUGCUGCGUCACUGCUGCAGCUGCUUUAUCACAAAAGCGCACUUAAAAGUUACUUUCGAUUUCCCCAGCAUAGUGACUUGUGCCUGGGAGCCUUUUGCCUAUUCCCGGCAAAACCGGCUUUAAAAGUUCAAAGUCCAGCCAUAAAGCCAUUAACUUGAAGCUGGCAGGCUGCCCGGAGCAGUAGCACAUACCUCAUCAAUCACUUCUACGCGCAGAGCAGAUUCCUUUCCGAACCGUCCCUCUGCAUUCCGAUCCUUUUCCGGCACUCCGAUUCGACCUCUGGAGUCCAUAACCACGUGUUGAUUUAAAGCAGAGUCUCGUGCCCAGCGGAAGGAUGAGCAAUACGUGCUACAUACUCUAUAUUGCUUUAUUUACAGUUCAAAGCUGGUAUAUUACAGAAAGACAUCUUGUCUCUGCCGGAGCAGAAAAAUGCAUCCUCUCUCCUCAACAGCUCGGAGAGAAUCACAGAGUGAAAAACAGGAAACCAGUGUACGUCACAUCCAGUCUCCCUUUCCCGUGAGAAACUCCAACAGUACAGACUGUGGAAUGUAAACACCUGUCUCAUGACAAGUUAGCUGCACAGUGAAGGAAAGCAGAAACCAACAGUCCUAAAGUCCCAGGUUCAGCUUAUAACAAUGCUGAAAACAGCUUAAGCAUUCUGCCCUGUGGGCUCGAUCUGUGGCCUCCCUUAAUGACGCCCCAUCAAAACAUGUUGCCCUGGGUAGCUGCCUCUUGCCAAGAGGUCUAGAGAAAACUGGUUUGCAUGCCUCUUCCUUUGAGCUAGUGGUGAGGCAGCAGCACCCUUGCUCCCCAGGGAGAUGCUGCUGGUUGUGUGACUCCUUUUGCAUUUAGGAGCAAGAACGCAUGGAGUGUGCAUGGCCUGGUUUUCCAAAGGUGUCAGUCUUCUCUGUGUCUUCUCAACCCAAGAGCAGCUGUAGUGGGCAAGCACUCUUCCUAGGGUGCCUUCAGGGGGGGUCUUGCGUGGCUGCCUCUGUUUGAGUUGCCUGACUUACUUCUAACAUGGUUUUCUUAAUUUUUAAGUAUAUAACUGCAAAAAGUCAACAAACGUACUGAUCAAUCAAAAAACCGUAACUGUAACCGUAAUUAUGACUGAGUGAAGUGCAGAAGUGUAAACAUUCAAUUUCAGCAUUCAGAAAUAAAUAUGGAGAAAUGGCUCAGAAUUAUUAAUUAAAUUUCUUUACUGCCCUUCAUCUGAGGAUCACAGGGCGGUUCACAAUAUAAAAACCACAAAAACACGUAAUAUUGUUUAAAAGGCCAUAGACUGCUAAUGAGCCAAACACCAGGGAGGAGAGGAAUGAUUUUGCCUGCAGAAUGAAAUCAAAUCAAAAGCCAUCAUCAUCGACAAAUAAUUUAUAGACCACUAUUUCAUUAAAAUAUCAAAGAGGUUCACAACAAAAAUACAUGAAAUGAAUGUAAAAAGAGGCAUAAAUCAAUCAUUCUGAGUGGGUUAUAUCCAGCUAUCUUUUGCUCAGGGCAAACUCAUUGAAAUAAAUGAACCUACCUUAGUCAUGAUCAUUCAUUUCAAUGGAUCUACCCAAAGCAGGGCUAGCAAUGCAUACAGCCCGUUAUUAUUUUGCCAGCCAACGUGUGCCUGUGCUGCCUAGCCUAUCAGGGGCAACAACUCAGCCAGGAAGACUGCGUCUGUUGGCUCUCUGCCUGCCUGCCCCUUACGGAAAACGCAGUAGAACCCCCUCGAGGCGUCUCCGCCCCGGCGUCAGACAAGCUGCGCGCAGCGUGUAGGCGGAGUCUCUCUCAGCGGAGCCACGACGGCAGGAGCGGAGCCAAUCCACGGGGUGGAAGGGUGGGCCCGGCGUGAAGCCGGCGGGGGCGGAGCUUCAGCCAACCCAGGCCCGUUGUCAAGAUGGCGGCCCACUGGGCUGAAGAGUGACGGAGAUAGACGGGGCUGUGCGCGUGCGCGCAGGUGGGCUCCGAGCGGGCAGGUGAGACAGCGGAUCCGCCAUGGACAGGGGCAGUCUAUCCCUCAGAGCCAAGCCCUAGAGGCAGAGAACUGGGGCGGGCGAGGGGGGGGGGAAAGGAAAUUUGUUCUGAACGCCUCUUAUUUCCUGAUGAGGAAGUCGGGGUGAGGGGCACAUAGGGGCGCGGGGUGGGGCAGUAGCAGCACCCUCUUUUCUUUAUCUCCUUCAGGAGUAAGUUACGUCUUUUCUCCCUUCACUGUCACUGACAUCCACCCCUUUCUCUCUGUAUAGAUAAGUGUGGAUUAGGAAAUAUUCUCUCUGUAUAAAUGUAAUACUGUAUUUAAGGACGGCAGUGGCAUGGUCUUGCCCUCUCCUCCUCAUCUCACAUCUUUAUUUCAUUGCAUUUCUAUCCUACCUUUUUCUCCAAGGAGCUCAAGGUGGCCUACCUCUGCCCCCACAACAAUCCUGUGAGGUAGGCUAGGCUCAGAGGCAGUGACUAGCCCAAGAUCACCCAGUGAGCUUUGUGGCCGAGGGGGGAUGCAAACCCUGGUUUCCCAGGUCCUAGUCUAAGUCUCUAACCACUAUGGCAUACAUCUGUAUUUCAUUUGUAUCCCAACCCUUCCUCCCAAGAAGUUUGACAGCAGCAUACAUGUUUUUCUUCCCCCUUUUCUGCUCACAACAACCCUGUGAGCCAGGUUUGGCUGAGAGGUGGCCGUUAGCCUGAGGUCAUCCAGUGAGCUUCACAGCCCAACUAGUUAUAGUCCAACACUCUAACCACUGCACCAAGCUCUCCCUCUGUCUCCCUGUGUCCUUCCAGUCCACUCUGACUGCUAGCUGACAGAGAGCCUACUCUUGCCAGAACUCUGAAUUGAUGACCUAUUCACACCUGUGACCUGUGAAAGUCAGCCAACCUCCUAGUGUACCCUGACUGGCAGCAUCUGCUCUCCAGGGCUUCUGGCAGGAGACUUUUCUCAGCGCUUCCUGGAGAUGCCACCAGUGGGGAUUGAAACUGGGAACCUCUGCAUGUCGGGCAGGUGCUCUGCCACUGAGCUGCUGCAACCCUGUCCUUGUUCACAUCUGUCCAUCUUGUAUCCUUCCAGGCACUGCUGA